AGAAUGAUAAAGACUAAACAAAAAUAUAAGAGGGGGUGGUGAACAGACUACAACCGACAAAGAUGGACCUGCUAACAAUCUUCUGUCACCUCCUGGUUUUAUGUUUCGAUCCGUCUGCAGCCACAAGCCUCAUUACAGCGGAUAUAUUUGAAGCCAGAGGUCAACGUGUGUGCAAGGCAGGGAAAGGGAAGCCGUGUUACAAGCUGGCCUAUUUCUCCGAGCUCCGGCGGAGGCUGAACUUCGUAGAGGCAGAACUCGCCUGUAGACGGGACGGAGGGCAACUUCUGAGCGUGGAGUCGGCGUCCGAGCAGAAGGUCAUAGAGCAGCUCAUCACAGACCUCCGUCCAACUGAUGGAGACUUCUGGAUAGGUCUCCGCCGUAACCAUGGCGACGAGAACAGCAGCUCAGACUGCUCCUCGCAGUACUACUGGCUGGACGGCAGCAAGUCUACAUUUAGAAACUGGCACUGGGAUGAGCCAUCAUGCGGCUACGAGGUGUGUGUGGUGAUGUAUCACCAACCGUCCGCUCCUCCUGGUCAGGGGGGGCUCUACAUGUUCAAGUGGAAUGACGAUAAUUGCGAAACCAAAAACAAUUUCAUCUGCAAAUACACUGCAGAGGAGCCACUGGACCCUUCCCCUUCUCCACACCCCACUACAGCAACAACUCUGAAUUUGGUUUACAUCAUCAUUCCCACCAUUCCCCUGAUACUGCUGUUACUGACAGUGACCGGAGUUUGCUGCUUCAAACUGCUUACCAGACGAAGGAGGAAACAGCAGAAAUCAGAAGUAUGCCAGACAGACCCGGGCGUCAGCUCCAGCACUCCAACUGAUGUAUACAACGUUAUUCGCUCCCAGAAGGAUGAUGACCUGGUUUCAACUCGCCCGCACACCAAAAUCACCUCCUUUUUAUGCUCCUCUCCUGACACACCGACAGGGGACUAUGACAACCUGGGGGGUCGGGACACCGAAAGCGGCUUUGUCACACUUGCCAGCACGGAGAGCGGCUUCCUCAACUUUGACCUCAAUGACCUCAGCCUUGGGCGUCGUGGCACCCGAGACUUCUAUGACACCAGCUUGGGCCGCUCAGGAAAGAGGGACUUGAACGACAGUAGUCUGGGUUGCACUGGGCAUAGAGAGUUUAAUGACAGGAGUCUAGGUCGUCGUACAACAAAGAGUGAGCAUUACGGCAGCAGUUUGUACGGAGACCACGGAUUGUAUGAUGGUAGUAUCAGAGGAGGGAGUGACCUCUAUGAUCCCAAACUGAGGCCUGGAGGUCACACAGUAAAGGCUGACCUCUAUCAGACAUACAUCACCAACGGCAAGGAGGACACUUACCAAACCAGCCUCGGAACCUAUGGAAACCGGAAAUCCUACCAAGCAAAUCUGGAUUGCUACCGAAAUGGCCUGAAUCUUGAUGGCGGAAGGAGAUACUUCAAUGAACAAGAAUGGAUAAACAGAGAAAACUACUGAUCCCCUAAACAGCUCGUUUAUUGUGUGUACAGCAGUAUACGUGCGAUUGUGGACGAGAGAAUGGCAUGUUUGUACAGUAUGUUUUUGAAGACUAUUAGGGGACUAAAAUCAGAUGAGGACAUGAGGACAAAGCCAAAAUAUAUUUGGUCAAUUACCCCACAAUUCAAAAGAAUUUGUUUAGGAAUAUGGAUUUAGAAUUAAAGAAUCAGUUUACCCAAAUUACAAUUUAAAAAAAAAAUCUCACUUUCUUGUGCUCACAGCAUUGGAAACUUACAUUUAAAUAACACUGGCCACACUACUGUUUUUUUAAACAUAUUUAUUCACCAAAUCAAAGUCCAUUCACCUUAAUUAUAUUGGUAUUAUGGUAGAAAUUUCUAAACUGGGACAAAUAAAAUCCAGUUUGCAUAGACACUGCAGGCAAGUGAGGAAAAAAUAUUUUUAUAAUCUGGGUGAACGGACACUUUUAAGGAGUUUUGAGAUUAAAUAUUAAAGGGGAACUCCACCCCUGUUUACAGGUCUUGGGAGUACACCUGCAUUUGUGAAUAAUAGUUACAUAAAGCCUUUUGUGGCUCCAGAGGGAGCUGUGUGAAAUCUGAUACAUUGGCUCAAGUGAUGUCACUUGAGUCAGCGUUGUUUUGGGUCAAAGACUACAAGUUUGAAAAUGGAAAAAAUAAACAUGGAUGUGGAGUUAGACAGAAGUGAGCUUACCAAACCUCUGUAACCCGCUCCUGGAGGCUACAUUAGCGCUAUUAGCAUGACACACCCGAAUCACAGACCAGUUUUUGACAAGAAAGAAGAACAAAUGGAAUAAAAAAAAGAUAUCUUCUUCUGAUCCUUUUUUUUAAACUCCAUCGAGAGUCUGACCAUGUUAGUGUGCAAAGCUAAAUCUGUGGAGUCUUCUUUUAACACAAGGCCACUCUACAUUACCAGGCCCCAAGACUAGAUCAUUUCUCUGGACCUUUCUAUUCCCCAGUCAUUUCAGUUGAUGCUUAAUCUAUUUUAACCAUGUUUUCUUUUAGACAAUUACCACAAACAAACACAGGAAACCUGGGGGCCUUCAGAGGCAGAGGAUACUCCAUCUUUGGGUAGAAGACGCCCAGUCAAAAAGCCAAGUUAAAGCUCAAACUGACAUAUAACAGGAACUCACCAUGAGGUGGGCCAGAUUGUUUUUGUCACGUCCACGUCCACUUUUCCUCCACACAGUGCGAUAUCAUCAAAAUUGACAGACUCCAAACAAUAAUAACCUCCCAGAAAUGCAUGAAGUGCCUCAGAUGCGACUGAGUGACAGCGACUCACAGUAAAGGUCUGUGUGUAGCAGCCUGUUUGCAUGUCCCUGUCAUGCUGCCCUUGCUUGGUAGGAUAACUAGUUAGGUCUUGGUGUGCCUGUAAAUAUUGUUUAAUCACACCCAGGGCUACCUGAUAUAAACAGGCUACCUCAAACAGAUUAAGACAAUAAACUAAUACUGCUUGAGGGAGCCAAGGCUGGAUAUUUUGUGUACUGCAAGUGUGUGUGACGUGGCCUUAAAUUGUGAGAUGUCCAUAACUUGAAUAGAAUUUCAUUGACACACUUUCCCCCUUAUUUAUUAAUGGCUUUCCAUCUCCUACUGAGUAAAUCAAAGACAGCCAAUGCUAGCGAGUGAAAAGGUAGCUCAUAUCUUGAAUUCAGCUCGAGUGCCUGCAGCCUGACCACAGCAAUGGCAUGAUAUCGAAGAGAAUGAUAAAAUAUAGCAUCAUUAUUAUUUAUUCAGAAUGUAUAAUGCCUUGACUCCUGCUCUCCUGUAAGUGAGAACGGUUUGUAUGUUUGUUACUUAAGGAAAUCUUCAAAUAAAAUGAGAUUAGAAUUGAAUCUGUCUGCUUGCGGUGCAGUGAUUUUACUGUCCCAAUAAAAAAACCCAGGAAGGUUG